GGGAACAAUUUAGCGUUAGUGUGAAGCUAGCCUUAGCUGAAAGAAAUGCAAGACAAACAAAUAUUUAUAUUUUUUGCUAGUGACAGUUUUUUUAAAUUUGGGUCCAUUUUUAACGCAAUAUGCGUGAAGCUGUGAAAUUUUUUACAUGCAUUUUCAUCCCUUUCUCCAUACACACAAAACGUCUAGGAAAAAAUACAUUCAAAUAGGAAUUAACAUAAAAAUGCCACUAUAAAAAACAUUAAAAUUGCAUGCAAACAACUAGCAGUAAAAAAAAAAUAUAAGAGAAAAAUUUGUGUGAAGAAAGCCUAAAACUAGUUCAAAUAAUUGCCAGUAUGCACUAGUUAAAUAAUCCCUUUGGUCUUAGACUGUUUCUGUGUUUUCAGACAUAAAAUGCAUGUGUUAGCAAGGUAGGUAAUAGGUGGCUACUGUACUACAGGAAGUGCAGAGAGAAUCUCAUGAAUGUGGCAUGAUCAGUUUGCAAGGACAACUGGAAAUGACAAGUACUGGUGCAGUUUCUGCACUGUCAAUGUGGCUGGAAGCAGCACCGAAGUCAGAAAACUCAAGAAUUCUAUUACAGAAGGAGACAGUCCUCCCAGCUGUACUGUGUGACUCUUGCAAUCAGCACCACAUACACUAGCAGCCCAAUGACAGAAGCAUUCCUGGCAUUAUAGUUCAAGAUCUCAGCUGCAGGCUCUUCCUACAGAUCCUAUUUAUGUCAGAUCUGGAUCUAAACUUAGAUGCAAGCAACAGAAAAGAACUUGGAGAGCCAGGAGACCCUCCACUUACUACUUUACACAGGAGCAGGCAGGAUCCUCCCUAUCUAUACAAAGGCACUGGAGAGCCUGGAGCUACACACCUACAGAAGUCGUGAAGAAAACCCCUCCACCUACACAGAGUGAAGGCUAAUCCUAUCCACCUACACACAAACAGACCUGCAGCUAAGAGGGGGCUUCCACACAUCCUCAUCAAAGCCAUCCUUAGGAGAAAAGAUCACAACCUGCUCAGGAGGACUCCGAACUCAACCAGGAGAGACCUAGAACUUCAUGGAAGUGUUUAUCAGCAACCAGAAAAUAAUCUAAAGCAGUGCAAGAUGAAUGAGACAUAGGAUACAUAGGCUUUCCUGAGAGACAUCCCCUGCAGUUGUUUAGCAGAUAUCAAAGACGACUUCUCCAAAUCUCCAGUAAAGAAGAAGGAUAAGCCACAUACAGAAUCCAGACUGUAGAGUCCUCUUGGUGCAUCUUCUAAGAUUGAGCAGUGCACCUUUGUUUUCUGAGGACCAUAAAACACCCACACGUGGUUGGUCCAUUUAAGAACCUCCCUCAUCAUCUUGGGGGUAUUUGGAAGUUCUCUUUCUCUUGGAAUUGCCUGGUUCUUUAUAUACUGAGAGUGGGGAGCCCAGACUUGUAUAGUCAGAUGAUCAAUGUUUUUCUACAAAGCACCCUAAGCUGUGGACAAAUUGUCCAGAAAUGAACCUGGGAUUUCUCCUUACAUCCAGACAUCUCCUCUGGAUUCUCCUAGUCCCCCCACUGAUGGCUUUUGCAGAAUGUGACAAUGAAUUUUAUUCAAACCUUCUAAAUGAAUUUUGUCUACUACAAUUCCAAUUAAAGAUGGAAGACUUGGAGAUGAAGCUGUGGUGCGACUGGAAAGCAACAGAAGAGAUCUACACUGAAGUCACAAACUGUACCAGCCUGCUGGCCUACCAUCAGAACUGCUACUGGCCAAACCACAUAGUGGAUAGGUUCUUCAUAGAUAUUCAUAAGAAGUAUUUCAAGAACUGUGCCCUGACUGGCCGGCUGCCAGCUGACCCUCCGCUGCCCAUCCUGUGCUCUUUCAUCUUUAUCCCUGUCCUUAUAACACUUCUUAUGACAGGACUGGUCGUAUGGAGGAGCAAACGCAGUGAAGGAAUUGUUUGACAAUGUGGACUGCUAAGCACAUAGACCCCAUGUCUGGAGAUAACCUUUCCAAGAGAAGGAAUCAGUGAUGGUAGUUCUCCAGUCUACGCUGGCCUUCAGAGUGGGGCUGUUCUGGGCCUUGGAAGUGUCAGAGAAGGCCACUUCUACUUCCUUCUAGGAUACGUCUGUCUGACUAGAACCUAAUAUAGAAGAACUAUAACCAGGCAGAUAUUCAAGCUUAACUUAAUCUACAGUAGGCAGUAUCUGUAAAAUUUCAACCAGAGUAUGGGACCCCCAAUGAUCCUGAAAAUGGAAUAUCUACAGUCCUGACCAUGUACAGAGAAGUCGCCUCUCCAUUAAAAUGAAUAUACUAUUUUCUUCCAAAAAAAUCUACAGGCUCCCCCCAUACACAUUACAGAAAAGUCUGCCAAAUCCACACUAAUUGUCUAAUGUGUAUGGGGGUCCCUGACAAAUGAUGUUUUUGUGGAAAAGUACAAUUCCCUGUAUAAUUGGGAAAUGAAUUUCAGUAUGCCCAAUCCUUUUGUUCUAACGGGAGAUAAGCCACCGCAUGGGGUAUCUGUAAGGGAGUGAGCGACUUUCUCCCCUCUUCCCAUUGAACACGUAUAUGGGAGAGUCGAGAAGAAUAGGUGUCUGGCAUUAGAGUGUUUGGAUGAUAGCCAUCUAAAGUGAAUAGCAUUUGGGAAUUACUUUACCUCAUUUAUCUCAGUCGGGACCGGGUACGCUCACUUUUCCAUUGAUGAUCAGCACUGAAAUAACAGAUGUAUAUGAGGCGGAAUCACUGAUGCUCACACUCAACAGAUCUGUAGCAUACCUAUGUGAAGAAUAUAAGAAUAAAGUCAUCAAUGUUCUCUGCAGCCUUAAAGGGGUUCUCUAGAAUUUACUUAUUGAUGACCUAUUCUCAGGAUAGGUCAUCAAUAUGAGAUCAGCGGGGGUCCAACUCCAGGACCCCCUCCGAUCAGUGG